UAUCAGUGUCCCCAGUGUCCGAGACGUUGGUGUUUUGUUUGGCGUGUUUUUCUCGGAUCGAGAUCUCUUUUUUCCAACGGAUGUGCGUGAUUCUCCAUUAUAAAGCUGUCCAAUCUCGGCGAAAAGGAGCGGAAGCGAGCCAGCAUGCCGGAGCCUGUGAAUCACCAGGUGAACGCCGCUCGUAAAACGUUCCAAACUCUCUAUCAAAUCUCGAAGCUGCUGAAUACGAAUCUCGACCCAACUACUCUGAGCAUCUGCAUCAGGCUUUGCGAGAACGGGGUGAAUCCGCAUGCCCUCGCUGGCGUGGUGAAAGAGCUCCAGCGCGAGGUCAAGGAGAUGAAUACUGACACGCAGCUGACAGAUGCAUCCAUUAACAAAACCAAUGCGACCAAGUAAACAUGAAAUAAACAUGACACUGCUGCUACCUUUCCUGCUACACUCUCCACAGAAUCUCCAUCUUUGCGUUCAAUAAAUACUCUCAAAUGUAUAUUAUAUAUAUAUAUAUAUAUAUAUAAAGUUACUUUAUUUAUAUGAUUUAUUAUGGUAAUAAACGCACAGUAUAAAUUUAA